CUUUGAUAUGUGAUUCACUUUGUGUGCUUUCUGCGAUUAAACCUCUAUAACAAAGUUGACUUAACACCAUUAGGCGUUUUCACGAAAAUAUGACUGUUGGUAUAUGAUACAUAGACUUGGCAUAUAUCGGUUAUCUUAUCUGUUAUAUGGUGAUAAUUUUUUAUCUAACUGGAAGGUGUACCUACAUACAACAAUUAGGAUAGUAUAGAUUCGACGCACUGAAAAAUCAAUUCUAUUUUUUUCAACAUGAACUUUUUCGUGUUUUUGGUGGUCUGCGUGGCGUGCUGCUGUGGCGCGCAGCAGUUGGAACAAAUCGUUGCUUAUUCGAGGUGCAGAAACGAUGCUGAUUGUGUCAAGAUCAGCAACAACUCAUUUUGUUAUGGCAACGACGCGGGGCAACUGGGAAACUGCAAAUGCGCGGAAGAUUUCGAACUGUUGACAAGGAACGCAACUCACUUUUCUUGUCUCAAAUAUGUUGGUUACAAUGAGCCAUGUGAAAUAGAUAUCCAGUGCCACAAAAACUUGUCGAUAUAUGCCGUUUGUAAGGAAGGAAAAUGUCAGUGCAUGGAAAAUGCACAUCUUUAUACUGACGGAAAAUGCUACGUAUCACUUUUAUUGGAAGAUUUCUGCCACGCUGACGGCAACUGUUACCUGAAAAACGGUUCUUUCGGACACUGCGUGGACGGAAGAUGUGCCUGUGUGAAAGACACCGAAGUUCCAUCGCAAGAUUUGACGAGUUGCGUUGAGGGUAGAUACUUAGGUCAAUCCUGCAUCUCGGAUGAUCAGUGUGGAAUCGUGGACAACGCUGUUUGCCGGGUGACUUGCAAGUGCGCAGUCGGGUACGCUUUGUCCAGGGACGAGAAGAGGUGCCUUAAAGCUGCUACAGUUUUCGACGACAUUUGCGAAGAGUCUGAGCAAUGCUCCACGUUUCUGACAGGAAGUAUAUGCAAAUUGGGAAAUUGCACCUGCCCAGAUGGUCACCAUGGCUACGGUUCCAAAUGCGUGCGUUCUGUCAAAAUAGGUGAUGAAUGCAACGACCAAUCGGAAUGCAUCCCGGACGAAAAGUUCACGAACGUUGCAGAUUGUGUGAACAGAGUGUGCAGUUGCUUUCCGGAUGUUGAGAACCAGGAGGUUGGAUGUGGAGCACACUGGAUAAUGCCUGGAAGUAUUCUGUUUAUUAUGGGAAUCACUACGAUCGUGUUUUGGCUCUAAAUAGUAGGAUAAGUUUGUGUAUGUUUCAAGAGUCAUACACUGUCGAACAUUAUAAAGGCUUCAAGAACCAACAAAAUAAUAUGCCAGGGUGACCUCGAUCUAUAAUCCAAGUUUUACGUCUCCGCCUAUGUGAUUUCCGAGCUAAAGCUUAUAAUCUAUGUGUGAGAAAAAAUAAAUGAAGUGAACUAAAAAAAUAUUGUAUUUGCAGUCAUCAAGCUGAAAAGUUUGAGGAUUUAUCCAUUCAGGUUCAGUUAUAUAUAUGAAUUUAUACAUUUUGACAUGUAAAAAAUGCCAAUAAUAAUUUAUGUAGGCAUAUAAAACUGAUUAAUGUUCCACUAUUUCUUGUAUUUGUAUCUUUUGUACUGUGUGAUUUUAUAAUAAAAAUAGUGUAUAUGCAAUGUGCUUCCGUCGAUUUUUUAUGUUAUGAUUUUGAUCGGAAUUCUGCGAAAUUUGUACUACAGGCUUUGCAUUCUUUUUGAUCAAACGCAGGAGUUAUCGACGUUUCUCAUCUAAUCAGAAUCAUCCCCUAUAUACUUAAAUUAUGCCGCUCUUGCUAAUCGCAAUUACUUUAGCCAAAAAUAAUAACUUCAGUAUUAUUGGUCAAAAGACACGUUCUUCUACAGAAAAGUGAAACGUGGAUGGUCAUAUGCAUUUUAAGAGUUACGUUUUACUUUGACAAAAUACCUCGGUCACUCGUACUUAGGUUUGACUGCACUUCAGAAUUUCACCAGAAUACAAUAACUGUAAAAUAACAGGUAUUCGUACGAAAAAAAAACGCUAUUGUAAUCUACAAUUUUAAGUACACUUAUAAGAUUUAUUAAUCCAUCAAACGGUAUAAAUCACAAAAUGGCAACAAGUUUUGUACAUAACAUGACAAUAAAUUAUAUUUACAAUAAUAAAUA